AUGCCGCUACAAGCCCAGCAGUUGGGUGAGAACGAUGACGUGCAGCUGGCCGCGCUCUUCGCACAGCGAAGGCGGCUGGAUGAGGGCGCCCGGCAGGAGUUCUUCUCCCGGGUGAUGAGUGAUGCUGAGACCAAGGCGACCAAGGGAGGCCGUCGUAAGCGCCGCCCACCCAGGCCACGAGCGGCUGCAGAGGCCACCACUUCCUCCCCCGAUGUCAACCUGUCAGAGGAGUCACAGCCAGGCCGUGGUCGUUCACCCUUUGUUUCGCCGCGGCCGCGGCCAGCGGCCAUGGAGGGGUUGGAGGCCUUGCUAACGCUGAAGCGCCGUGCUCCGUUGCUCUCCCAGGAAGUGGAAGGCCUCCUCCUUGAGCUGUCGAAGCCAAUGGUUCCAGAGGCCGAAGCCGCCUGCUGCCGACUGCUCCAACGCUGCACCGAGAGUGCGCGCUUCGCGCGCGAGGCGGUGGCGGAAGGUGCUGAGGAAGAGUUGAGUGAGAUGGAUACUGAGUCCGUGAGCAUGAGCUUUACCUUAGCGGAGGAAGAGCUUGAGGCUCCAGCCUCAUCGGAGUGGUGUAGGCAGAGCUAG